CUCCUACCCAAACCAAAACCAGUGUCACCAAUACACACAACACACAAAUCAAAACCACUCUCACCUUACUAUAACCAUAGUUAAUCAAUUUCUCCAACAAAAAAAUAAAAAAACUAUAGUUGAUUAAUUUCACUAUAGUAUCAAACCAUUCAUGGAAUAUUUCACCAAAUCAAAGAUCAUUAAGCUCAAAAGCCACCAAGAUAAGUACCUUAUCGCCGACGACAACAACGGAAAAGUCCGUCAAAGCCGAAACGGAGCCAUUAAAAGAGCUCAAUGGACAGUGGAGAUAAUUCAAAAACUACAAACUCAUCACCACGUAAUAAGGUUGAAGAGCCACAACGGAAAAUAUUUAACGUCAACAGAAACACCGUAUCCCUUAACCCUAACAGGAAAAAGGGUAAUAUUAACGGAGUUAGAAAACGGUGUAGAUGGUAAAAACGAAUGGCAACCAAUACGUGACGGGUUUCAGGUAAAGCUGAGGAGUUGUUGUGGGAGGUUUUUGAAGGGAAACGGUAGUAAUCCGCCGUGGAGGAACAGUGUAACGAUUGAUGAUUCGUUUGUGAAAAUGGACGGUGUUUUGUGGGAUGUUGAAGGUGUUAUGGAAGAUGAGUUUGAGAAUUUGUUAUCUUCUUUUGGUUCAGAUGAUGUUUCUUUUGCGUCGGAUAUUGCGUCGCCGAUGAGUGUUUUCUCUCUUGGGUCGUCGCCGCCGGAGAGAGGAAGUUUCCAGACAACAAAGCCUAACAAGCUUCGAAGCGGAAUGGACUUCUUCCACAGAGCAAAAGCAGUCCGUCUUCGCAGCCACCACGACAAAUAUCUCUUAGCAGAAGAAGAUGAAGAAUCCGUUACACAAGGCAGAAACGGUUCAUCAAACAACGCAAGAUGGUACGUAGAAUAUGUACCAAACUACGACAACGUUGUUCGUCUCAAAAGCUGUUACGGAAAAUACCUAACAGCUUCGGACACUCCAUUUCUCCUCGGCAUGACUGGUAGAAAAGUGCUUCAAACUAGUCCAAAGACUUUGGAUUCAUCUGUUGAAUGGGAGCCUAUUAGAGAUGGUGUUCGUGUGAAGCUGAAGACGAGGUAUGGGAAUUUUCUUAGAGGGAAUGGUGGGUUGCCACCGUGGAGGAAUACUGUGACGCAUGAUAUUCCGCAUAGGACUGUUACUCAAGAUUGGGUUUUGUGGGAUGUUGAUGUUGUUGAGAUUCAUGUUAGUAAACAGCAACCUUCUGCUCCAGCUUUUGAAACUAGCAUGCCUCCUUCUCCUGCUGUGGCGGUGGCUCCUCCUAGUGUUUCUAGAAGCUUUUCUAGACAACAGUCGAAGGAUGAUGCAUCUCCUAGGAAGAUGGAGGGGCGAAUUAUCUACUACUAUGUUGCUGAAGAUGAUGCAGAAGUAAGUGAUGAAGGUGUGCAGGGAUAUUCUUUGGUUUUCAAAGGGAAUGGAGUUGAAGAAUUGAGCAAGAAGUUUGAGGAAGAGACAGGGUUAGAGGGAAUCAUUGUGUGUACUAAGAGUCCUUUGAAUGGAAAGCUUUACCCUCUUCGUUUGCAGCUUCCUCCAAAUAAUGUCACUAUGCAGGUUGUUUUGGUUCUUCCUUUCUCAAAAGUGGCAAGAGAGUUGGAGGAACAAGGUUUGCUUUGAGAAGCCAGAUUUUGCAACACAUGGCCUUUGUACAUACUACAUUAAUGGUUCAAGCUUCUAAGAGUUAUAUGUGAGAAUGUGUUGUAACUUAUAAGUUCCUCCUUAUAAUAGUCCAUUGCAUUUGUUCAGCAGAUUCCUGUUGAAGCAGCUUAAAGUUGCCAUGGAAAUGGAUCAUAAGUAUAACAACAAUGUUCAAUGGUUUUGUAAUGUUAUAGGCUUCAAGAUUGUUCUCUAGGUGAUGCUAUGACAUGUUAAUAUAAGUUUUGUCAGAAUCAGAUAAAGGUUUUUUGAUUAUAUAUAAAUUUAUGAUUUAUGAUAUACUAUUGAAAUCUUGAA